AUGCAGUCAAUUCUCUUGCUGCUGGGCCUCUUUGCCGACGCCAUCUCCGCCAGCCCCUUGGACCAACAGCAGCCGUUGGCCGACCGUCUUGGUCCAGUCGAGGCGCCCACUGCCCAGGUGCUGGCGGAGGGCUCAGGCAAACCUCUCCGGGGACGAUUUCUGCACAUAACUGAUUUCCACCCCGACCGUUUAUACAAGACCGGCACCUCGAUCGAUCGCUCGUGCCACCACGGUGAUGGUGGCGCCGGGUACUUUGGAGCCGAAGGCACAGAUUGCGAUGCACCACUAUCACUUGUGAAUGAAACGUUUCGAUGGAUUGAAGAAAAUUUGAAGGAUCAGAUUGAUUUUGUGAUUUGGACUGGAGAUUCUGCACGACACGACAAUGACGAGAAGCUCCCUCGCACAGCGGAUGAGAUUGUGGAGCUUAAUGAAUUCCUUUCCCAGAAAUGGGUAAGCAUCUUCGGUCAGGAGGGCGUUCGUGAGACCUUGAACGCUAUGCCCAAGAUGUCCAUUCCCGUGAUCCCGACAUUCGGUAACAACGAUAUUAUGCCCCACAACAUCUUCCACGAGGGGCCGAACAAGUGGACAAAGCGUUUUGCGGACAUAUGGAGCCCAUUUAUUCCAGAAGACCAGCGUCAUACCUUCGUCGAAGGCGGCUGGUUCACUACGGAGGUGGUUCCCAGCCGGCUGGCGGUGAUCAGUUUGAACACGAUGUACUUUUUCGAUUCCAACAGCGCUGUGGACGGAUGUAACUCCAAGUCCCAACCUGGAUACGAGCACAUGGAGUGGUUGCGAGUGCAGCUGAAAAUCCUUCGCAGUCGCAAUAUGAAAGUCAUUCUCAUGGGCCAUGUACCCCCCGCCCGGUCAAGCGAGAAAAAGAACUGGGACGAGACGUGCUGGCAGAAAUACACACUUUGGAUGCGCCAAUACCGCGACGUUGUCGUCGGUAGUAUUUACGGACACAUGAACAUUGAUCACUUCAUGCUGCAAGAUAGCAAUAAGGUCGACAUUGAUUCGGAGGCCGAUGGGAAGGUGUCGGUUACAUCCAAGGCGGACUAUCUUCAGUCGCUUCGAAACCAGUGGUCCUCUCUACCAUCUCCUCCGCCUGGAGUUUUUGAAGAGCUUGGCUCCUGGCUGAACUCAGAAGAUGUGUCCGAACUUGAACCGUCGAAGAAAAGAAAGAAGAGCAAAAAGAAGGAACGGAAAAAGACGAAGUUUUUGGAGAAGAUCGGAGGCCCCUGGGCGGAACGAUACAGCGUAUCGCUGGUGUCUCCCAGUCUUGUCCCGAACUUCUUCCCCAGCCUGCGCGUGAUCAACUACAAUGUCACAGGACUAGAUGAUGCUACACAUGGAGCUGAUGCAUUCUCUCCUAAGAUUGAGGGGAGCCUGCUCGAAGUUGGUACGUUCGAGGUUGACGCAGAAACCAGCGACAGUCCACUCGCUUCUCCUGAAACCCAGAAGAAGAAACACAAGGGGAAGAAAAAGAAGCCCAAUUUCAAAGUCCCCGAGCCACCCUCCCCAACCGCUCCUCCCGGCCCGGCAUACUCCAACCAGGCAUUUACCUUCCUCAGCUACACCCAGUACUUCUCGAAUAUAAGCAAGAUUCACGAAGAAAUCGCAGCGGGCAAACGAGGUGACAAUGCUCGCCUGGACUUCGAGAUCGAGUACACCACGAACGAUGACGUGUACCGAAUGAAGGAUCUGACGGUGCGCAGCUUUUUCCAACUGGCAGCCAAACUUGGCGAGGAGAAUGAAGAUGCCAAAGGAGGACAACUUAGCGACCUUGACAGCCCGGCUGAUUGGUCUGUCGCUAAGAAAAAGAACCCCAAGAUCGACGUCUGGCGCGCUUUUUUGAGGCGCGCUUACGUUGGGUUUGAAAAUAUUGAUGAUUGA